AUGAAGAAACGAGCGGACCGUGUUGGUCUGGAAUUGCAACACUUCCCGUCCUCUCAAGCGGUCGCAGGUAGAACGGGAGACGUGUGGUGUAUUCCGGUAGAUAAGGUGUCUGUAUUCUUGCAGCUACUCGUUUCUAAAGGGCUCGUGAGUGCUGUACCGAGCACAAUAACGUUCGUGAUGGACGUGAAUCGGGAGGUAUUGGACGUUAAGAACGCGCGAGUGACUUUGUCACAUUUGCAACAAUUAGUGCACAAAGCGGUGCUUACUGCGGAGGAAGAGCUGGACACGGGUACGGAAGGUCCUGAUAAAGUUACGCUAAAGUUACCUGGUUCUGGCCCUGAAGUCGAGCUGUUGAGUAGUUAUCUGGAGGAGAUGCCGCCUCGAGCUGUCGAAAUGGAUCGACGAGCUCCUGGUCAAGUAGUCAAGAAAGCACUUUUGAACGCGAGAGAGCGUGCCAUUUCGCGUAAAGUUCGUUUGCUUAUGGCGCCGUCACCGCGACUAGGAAGUCGAUGGAAGACUGUACGACACAAGAUUAUUGUCCCCACUAACGACUCGGUAGACAUGGAGAUUGAUAUCGUGAGUAACAAACCAACCACAGACACGAGCGUAGAGCACGACGAGACUCCAGAUACAGCAGCGCUAUCCAACAUCUUCGCCCUUGGUACACCGCGACAACUUUCAGCUCAAGAACACGCACGACGGAACGAUCUUCUGGCUCAUUUAGAGCGAGAAGAAGCGCGUUCGAAGCGUCGAGCGACAUCGGGUUUAAAUAGCUCUCUUGAAAGUGACGACGCGACGUGUUCCUCACAAGCAGAUCAAGACUUUCAAGCGUAUUUUACAGCAAACUCAAUUGUUACAACAGGGCUAUCACCCACCCGACCGCAAGAAAAUGCAUCACGAGGUCGUGGGAGGACGAAAAUUCAACGUAGUAAGUUUGAACUGGAGCGAGAGACACUGCCGUUCUCGAGCGUCUGUAAUGUUGCCACCAGAGACGCCAGGACGUCCGAUUCAAACUGCGUCAACAUUAGCACAAUUACCCCAACUAGACUCUUCACGUCUAGCUAUUGGGCGCAGCAGUCGAUGGUGUUGAAGAAGCACUAA